UCUACCAUCUCCAAUUAGAAACAGUUAACACAUAAUAAAGCUUCAGUUAUCUCUUUUCCUCUGUUUUUGAUUUUUUCUCUCUCUUUCAUUUUUCCCGGGAAACAAUCAGAGAAAACACACCAGCGAGCUUGAUCAUCAUCCAUCGUGUAAAUCCAAAUCCUAGGUGGUGGAUUCAGACAUGAGUUUAUCAGUCAACGGGAGAGCGUUGACCUCUCUUCUCGUGGCGUUGACCAUCAUCGUCGUCAUGGUGGUCGUGGACGCGAGGUUCGUGGUGGAGAAAGAGAGCAUAAGAGUUCUAAACCCGGAGGAGAUGAGGUCGAAGCACGACGGGUCGAUCGCCAACUUCGGGUUGCCCGAUUACGGCGGGUUUCUAAUCGGGGCAGUGGUUUACCCGGAUAGUAAAACCGAUGGUUGCUCUGCUUUUGGUAAAACCUUCAAGCCCAAGUUUCCUCGUCCCACUAUUCUCCUUCUCGAUCGUGGAGGUUGUUACUUUGCGUUAAAGGCAUGGAACGCGCAGCAAGCAGGAGCGGCGGCAGUUCUCGUCGCAGACAACAAAGACGAGCCGCUGUUGACAAUGGAUUCACCUGAAGAGAGCAGAGACGCUGAUGGGUUUAUAGAGAAGCUAACAAUCCCAUCGGUUCUAAUCGAGAAAUCAUUCGGAGACAGCUUAAGAGAAGGGUUCAAGAAAGGUAAAGACAUAGUCUUGAAGCUAGACUGGAGAGAAUCUGUGCCUCAUCCUGACCAGAGAGUAGAGUACGAGCUGUGGACUAAUAGCAACGACGAGUGCGGUGCACGGUGCGAUGAGCAGAUGGAUUUUGUCAAGAACUUUAAGGGUCAUGCUCAGAUACUCGAGAAGGGAGGUUUCACAGCGUUUACGCCGCAUUACAUCACAUGGUUCUGUCCUUUUCAGUUUGUAAACAGUCCACAGUGUAAGUCUCAGUGUAUAAACCAUGGGAGGUAUUGUGCUCCUGACCCUGAGCAUAACUUCAGAGAAGGGUAUGAAGGGAAAGAUGUUGUGUUUGAGAAUCUGAGACAGCUUUGUGUGCAUAGAGUUGCUAACGAGAGUAGUCGGUCUUGGGUUUGGUGGGAUUAUGUUACUGAUUUUCAUGCUAGAUGUUCAAUGAAGGAGAAGAAAUAUAGCAUAGAGUGUGCUGAAAACGUCAUCAAAUCUCUGAGUAAGAGUUAUGGUUUAAAGAGAAAACGUUUUUUUUUACCUUCUUUGUUAUUGUUUUAUGAAUUUUUAAAAAUUCUCUCAGAGUUACCCAUUGAGAAGAUCAAGAAAUGCAUGGGCGAUCCUGAAGCUGAUACCGACAACGAAGUUCUGAAAAUGGAGCAAGUAGUUCAGCUUGGACGAGGAGAGCGAGGAGAUGUUACUAUUUUGCCAACAUUAGUCAUCAAUAACGCCCAAUAUCGAGGGAGAUUGGAGAGAACCGCUGUUCUGAAGGCAAUAUGCGCGGGGUUCAAUGAAACAUCUGAUCCUCCCAUUUGCUUAAACACAGGUCUAGAGACUAAUGAAUGUCUUGAAAAUAGUGGUGGUUGCUGGCAGGAUACAAGAGCAAACAUGACUGCUUGUAAAGACACUUUCAGAGGAAGAAUCUGCGAGUGUCCCAUUGUAAAAGGUGUUCAAUAUAAAGGAGAUGGGUACACUUCGUGUACACCUUAUGGGCCUGCGAGGUGUACUAUUAACAAUGGAGGUUGCUGGUCUGAUACAAGAAAUGGAGUGACAUUCUCUGCUUGCUCAGACGCUAUGUCUACUGGCUGCAAAUGUCCUCCUGGUUUCAGAGGCAAUGGACUCACAUGUGAAGAUAUCAACGAAUGUAAAGAGGGUUUGGUGUGUCAAUGCAGCGGUUGCAAAUGCAAGAACACAUGGGGAGGACACAGAUGUAGUUGUUCUGGUGACAAGCUUUACAUAUACGAUCAAGAUACUUGUAUAGAGAGAAAUGGAUCCAAAACAGCAUGGUGGCUCACACUCUUGAUACUAGCAAUCGUUGCAGUAGCGGGUUUAGCUGGUUAUCUAUUUUACAAAUACCGUUUCAGGUCUUACAUGGAUUCAGAGAUUAUGACGAUAAUGUCACAGUAUAUGCCACUUGAGAGCCAAAGAGCUCGUGAAGUUCCAUCAGAAGCUGAGCCUUUCACUCACAACUCUACUGCCUAAUACAAUACUAUGACAAAAGGAACCAAACCUGUCCUGUAGUUGUAUAUUUCAGGAACAGAUUCACAAAGAAAUGUUUGAGAUCGAUCACUCACAGUAUAUAUGAUAUAUACCUUGUAAAAAAUAAAAGAGAGUGAGAUAGAGAGAUGUCUAAUUUCAUGCCAUGAACAAUAAGUUAAUGUUUGGAUGUUUUCUGUUUAAGAUAUCAACAAGGUUUCAGA